CACUAAAAAGGUACAUAGUAGGUGAUCUCUUUUUCGCUUACGUCAAAUUCGGCACGUGAGGCGUCGCAUCGGUGUCUUGUCAACCUCCUCCUUCUUCAGACACCAAUUUACGAGCACCAAGAUAUCCAUGUCAUCUGCCACUCCUAUUACUUCUCCUCCGACCAAGAAACUUCGUGUUUUGUGUCUUCAUGGCUUCCGAACAAAUAUCCAAGUGAUGGAAAGUCAGACACGCGGGUUGCGAGACUCGUUAGGUCCCAACGCCGAGUUUGUCUUCCUCAACGGGCCGUUCGAAGCGCGCGGACCAACCGAUGAGGUUAUUGAGCGCAUGUUCGGCAAAACUGCGCCAUUCUACGAGUGGUGGGCUGCUCGGUAUCUGGAGAAGGAGGAACGUGAGGACAUUGAAGCCGAGGAGGGCGUACCAAGAGGCACUACGAAGCGCUGGUGCCUCGAGUUUGAGGACAUCGACCAGGGAAUUGAGUAUAUGGACGAGAAACUGAACGAGCUGGGCGAGUUCGACCUGGCCGUGGGCUUUUCACAAGGCGCCAUCAUGCUCACGAUCCUGUCCAUGUGGUACCUGAAGAAGACCGACAAGCGUUGGUGGAAACUCCUACUCUGCGUCUGCGGCGUGUACCCGAGAGGUAUUAACGUCCGCGAGCUGUUCGAAACGCAUGAAGGAGAGCAAAUUCUGGUACCGUUCCCGUCAAUCCACGUCGUGGGGCAGAAGGACAGUUUGUAUGAGGAAUCUUUGGUCCUGACAGAUAUGUUCACAGAGAACCCCAAGGGCAGUCCGUUGCCAAGACUCUUACUGGAACACGACGGUGGACACAAAUUCCCAACUCCUAAGCGACACAAGCAGUUUUACGAGGACUUGGCGAGCACUAUUUGGCAGUUCUUCGACGACACCCGCCAGAGCUCCGUUGCAAGACUUUAAGCAGUAGCAGUGUUUUAUAGAGAAGAAUAAACCAACUUCCCAUGUUUCUUGUUGAACCAAGUUGAUGCGAACC